AUGACGACGUCCGAUGUGUCCGCGUCCGCGUCGUCGUCGUCGUCUGACGUCUCCUCCGCGCCGCCCGCGCCCGACGUCGUCCGAAGCGAGCACGUGUCGCUCGUCCAGGGCGCGUCGCGAGGGAUCGGCCUCGAGAUGGUCCGGCAGCUCCUCGAGCGCGAAAACCCGAUGCCCGGGCGCGACGCGGCUCGCGGCGGGCGCGUCGUCGCGACGUGCCGCGACCCCGCGGCUGCGCGAUCGCUCGCGGAUCUCCGCGAGCGCUACCCGACGCGCCUCGCCGUGCACCGCCUCGACGUCACGGACGAGGCGUCGAUCGUCGCGGUCGCGGAGUCGGUGAAGGCGUCGCACGGGCGCGUGGACGUCCUCUCGAACGUCGCCGCGGUGCUUCACGUCGCGGGGGAGAUGACGCCGGAGACGUCCAUAAAUCGCGUGGAUCCCGACGCGAUGGUGAGGGCGUAUCGCGUCAACGCGCUCGGGCCCGUGCUCGUGACGAAGGCGUUCCAGGCGAUGCUCAUGGAGGCGACCGCGAAGAGCGUCGCGGGAGGUGGGGGGGGCGAGAGCGGCGAGAGCGGCGAGAGCGGCGGCGGCUGCCACGCCAUCGUCGCCAACUUGAGCGCGCGCGUGAGCUCCGUGGGCGACAACGGCAUGGGCGGGUGGUACGCGUACCGCGCGUCGAAGACGGCGCUGAAUCAACUCACGAAAAACAUGUCGAUCGAGUUUGGACGGAAGAAGCACCCGGUCGCGUUCGUGCUGUUGCACCCGGGGACGGUCGCGACGGACCUGAGCGCGCCGUUUCGGAGGAACGUGCCGGAGGGGAAGUUGUUCAGCGUCGAGCGCGCGGCGUCGCAGCUGUUGGGGAUCAUCGGGAAGAAACGACUCGCGGACAGCGGGACGUUCGUGGACUGGCAGGACGAGACCAUCGUCUGGUGA